UCCGGGAUCGGGCGAUUGCGACGAAGGUCGUUAGAAAGCAUCUGAGGUUGAGAAGUCGCAAUAGUCAGCGAACCGUUGAAGCAGCAGCUACCAGUACAAGUUGUCUUCCAAAUCAACAGUUAACAUCAGACAAACUAUGGCACAAGUAUCCGGUCGCGUUGUUAUUUACGGUGGACGAGGAGCACUUGGUUCCAAAUGCGUGCAAUACUUCAAAGCCCAGAAUUUCUGGGUAGGUUCGAUCGAUAUGCAUGAGAACCAGGAGGCUGAUGUCAACAUCGUCGUGGACAAGGACAGCGAGUUCAGCAAACAGGAGUCCACCAUCCUCAAUAAUGUCUCCAGUGCUCUGGCUGGAUCUAAGCUUGAUGCCAUUAUUUGUGUGGCUGGUGGAUGGGCUGGUGGAAAUGCCAGCAAGGAUCUCAUCAAGCACUCUGAUUUGAUGUGGAGACAGAGUGUUUGGAGCUCAUUGAUCUCAGCUUCAAUUGCCAGCCAAUACUUGAAAGAUGGUGGUUUGCUCACUCUGACUGGAGCUAAAGCUGCCCUUGAUCCCACCCCAGGUAUGAUUGGUUACGGAAUGGCUAAAGCUGCAGUCCAUCACUUGGUGAAAUCAUUAGCUGCGGAAAACAGCGGUCUACCAACGGACACCACUGUCACAGCGAUCUUGCCCAUCACCUUGGACACUCCAAUGAACCGCAAGUGGAUGCCCAACAGUGAUUACACAACCUGGACUCCUUUGGAAUUCAUCGCCGAAAAAUUCUUGGAAUGGACCAAGAAUGAGAAUCGCCCAGCCAAUGGAAGCUUGUGCCAACUGAUCACCAAGGAGUCGAACACCAAUGUAGUACCUGUCUAGACACCAAGAAAUACCCGUACCGCAACCUCCCGCCAACAAUGAAACACCAACGAGAUUCUACUAUUUCUUAUCAUUAUAAAAUUAAACAGGGUAUAGGGUAUAUGUGUUCGCUACCAAUCAAAAACAAAAUGCAACAAAUAAAAACAAUGAAUGAUAGAUGGACCAACUUUAUUUGUAUUAGUUUAUAUAAAUAUAUAUAUAUUUUUUGUAAUUAACGUUGCAUUGUGCUAUUUUCGAUAUUUGUUAGCUUUCUGUUAUAUAUAGAUGUUUUGUUAAUUUUUGUUAUGUGCUAUAUAUUCGAUGAAUAAAGCCUACUACCAAGUUGGAUGCAAA